UAGACGACCAGUUUGUAGUUUGUGUGUCUAUGCCUGGUUGAAACACGAGGAACUUCCCGAGUGUGAGUUGGAUUGAAAUGUUGUUUGCGCAGGAGCUUUGGUGAUUCUAAUCUCUUAUGGUGAUUCGUCUGGCGAGGAUGAGAGUUUAUAAGACUCUCAUCGUGGGAUCUCUCAACCGGUCGGCUGAGCUUCCCAAGGUGUCCAAGUUUAAGUUCGUGAUGCUUGACUUUGAGGUGUUUGGAACCUCCCGUGGUGGUAAAGGACUCAAACAGAUAUCUGUGUGAUCGACACCCGAGAAAGAAAACAAUCGUUCAUCCACAGCGCCUGGAAGCCUUCGAAGAUCAGCAUCUAGCUUUAAACCAUUAAUCAUGUUGAGACAGUCCGUGAACUAUCAGCUCCCAGCGGCGGCGACAUCGUGCUCCAGAUCAUACCUCGACUCCAGGGAGCUCGCAUUCCUAUCCAAGGAGGAGCACAGUAGCCCUGGACCGGAGAGGUACUAUUACAACACUCCCGAGAAGCUCAAGAACAACACGACAAUCAAGGAAGCGUGGCCACUGUCGGGGCUCUCGGUGCGAGGCAUCAGCAUCCUCCGCGGAUCAAACGACGCCGCCUGCGUGGAGCAGCUUCUCCUCCACUGCGCCACCGCGCUGGAAUCCAGCGACACCACUUUCGCCCAGCAGAUCAUGUGGGUUCUGAACAACAUCGCCGCCUUCGAUGGCGAUCCAAACCAGCGCGUCGCCGCCUGGUUCCUCAAGGCGCUCGUCUCGCGGGUGUCGAGAACGCUGCUCUCAUUCAGCUCCUCGCCGCCCAGAUUCCUUCCCAGCUCUUCUCCCACUGCCGCUGCCAACACGAAUCUUUCAGUUUUCCAAGACUCUUGCUUGAACCUCGAUGCCAGCAGUGCCUCUUGCUUCGACAACCGCCUCCUCACUCCAAUCCAGCUCGCCAAAUUCGUUGAUCUAACUCCAUGGCACCGUUUUGGCUUCUCGGCGGCAAACGGCGCCAUCCUCGAGGCCGUCCAGUCGCGCGACAAGAUCCACAUCCUCGAUCUGAGCAUCACGCACUGCAUGCAGUGGCCGACGCUCAUCGAAUCGCUCUCCAACCGGCCAGGUGGACCUCCCAACAGCGUCCGGUUGAGCGUACUGACUGCCCGCCCCAGCGUUCCACCCUUCGUUGACAUGCCGUACGAGGAGCUGGGCACACGCCUCCGUACGUUUGCUCGCAGCAAGCGCGUCAACCUCGAGUUCGAGGUGGUGAGCUCCAGCGAUCUCAUCCCGGGGCUCUUCCAGAUCCGCGAUGGCGACGAGGCAUUGGUCGUGAACUGCCAGCUCCGCCUGCAUUACUUCCCGGAGAUCGAUGACCACGACGGCCCCCACUUGGAUCAUCACGGGCUAUCAUCGCCGCGAGACGAGAUCCUCCAUCUCAUCCGGAGCCUCAACCCGGACAUGGUGACGCUGGUGGAGGAGGACGCGGACGUAACAUCGCCCAGCUUGGUGGAUCGCCUCCGCGCGGCCUACAACCAUCUCUGGAUCCCGUUUGAUCUGCUCGAGUCGUGCCUGGCCAGGAACCACGAGCUGCGCCUGCAGUACGAGGCAGAUGUUGGGCGGAAGAUCGACAACAUUGUGGCCUGCGAGGGCGAGGCGCGGAUCGAGCGGCUCGAGUCGAGGGACAAGUGGAGCCAGCGGAUGAGGUUUGCGGGGUUCCGGCAGCUGGGAUUUUGCGACGAGGUGUGGGGAGAUGUCAAGUGGAUGCUGGAGCAGCAUGCCACUGGGUGGGGACUCAAGCGCGAUGCGCACGACUUGCUGCUCACUUGGAAGGGGCACAAUGUGGUGUUUGCUACUGCAUGGACUACAGGUUGAUCAUACGAUAUUCAUGAUGUUUGUUCCUGUGAGAAACUUCAGCUUUUUAUUUUGAUGUGUAAAAAUUUGCCCGCUCGCUCAUCAGUUUGUUCCUAAAAGCCUGGAAUGCUGGUUGAAGCGUUUAGAUAUGAAUCAAUAUGGCAUCGGUAGCCACGAAAUCAUUCUCAAUGGAAGCAGUAGGAGCAAUGUGGUAGCUUGAGCACUCCCAUCGCAGCUACCUGUCUCACGUAACCAUUGUUAUCCUUGAGGCCCUUCCUGAGAGACCACUCCACGAAUUCAUCGUUUGUACAGUCCUUCCAUCAAUAUAAAA